AGUGUCACUCUUUUAAACUUCUUAUCGUUGUGGGAAGCAGUAACACACGGUGAAACCGGUCAAGCAACAGCCAGAGAGAUUACCAUUUCCGUUUUUACAAAAGCACUAUUUGAGGAAAAGAUAGUUGGUGACCUGGAACAUCCUUAUUAGCUUUUGGUAAUAGCGUUCGUAUUGGACUCAGAUAAGAAUGACACUUGAUCAACAUUGUUAUCAUCAUUACUGUUUAUGGAGUUUGUUCUCAAUUGAUCCCACUGAGAUCUGAGCUUCUAUUUCAAUCUCUUCCUUUCAGGGCUUCUUUGUGUCCAUUAUCUAUUGCUACUGCAACGGAGAGGUCCAGACAGAGAUGAAGAAAACAUGGACACGCUGGAACCUGGCCUUUGAGUGGGAGGGCCCGGUGGUCUGCGGCCGCUACCGCUACGGCUCCGUCGUCGUCGGCAUCAACAACAACAACAGCACCAGCAGCCAGUCCCACCUGGCAGGGGCUGGCCAAUCCACACGCUCCACCACACUUGUUUCAAGCCAUGUUAAUCGGAGCACAGGUGCCCCCGUGGUCAGCAUGCACACCACCCUCCCAGGAUAUGUGAUCAGUAACUCGGACCCGUCCAUACCUGAAGAACCUGAAGACAGCGGCCCCAAGCAGGUGGACGAUAUCUCGCUGAAGGAAAACCUGCCUGUUCUUAGUACCAGCGCAACAGCGGACGAUGAGGAGGAAACACUGUAGCGGUAGUCUACAACAAGUCAAAACAUGCGGCAGAGAAAGACCGAUGAAAAAAGUCGCUGUAGUGGUUUGUGUAACCCAAUCCACUUUCUUGUCAUUUAAACUCUAAAGAAGGUAUCAAAGGAAAAUAAAACGAGACUGUAUGUACAAGAAACACAAAAUGUCUUGAACCCCCUUAUGAAAAAGAACUUAAAAGUUAGACCAUGAACCUGAAUGCAAAUGUUUAAUAUGUCUUGUUGAUUUUCUGCAAAUUCCACAGCUACACUUUUCACUCGCUGCGUCAACGUUUUUUAGCUUUGGUGUUGGAUGUUGUUGAUUGCUGAUGGAGAUGGUUUGCAUAUGGAUACAUUUGUAGGAAUGUGAGGUGGCAAAAGGAUGAAAUGCAACUCGUUCAACUACCAAAACAAAUCUAAUAUGAUGUGCCAGUGUUGGUACUUUGAGGGAGCUUGGCUGCAGUAAACAGACCCUCUUGCUGAAGGCGAUGGUUUCCAACCUUCAGAAGCUCUCAGGGAGUGCUAAGCCAUAUUGCUCGCUGUUCUCAAUAAUAUAAAUUAUGAUGUUGCAUGUACUGUGGUGGUCUGACUUUAUGGAUAUUUAUUUCAGCUUUUCCACUAAAGUGCACUUUUUUCCACUGUGACUUAAGUACCACAUCUUAGGAUAGUGAUAAACCACAGUAGGUGAAAAGCACAAAGAAACACUUGAGAAAUAUACAUGGAAAUUGUAUAAGCUGAGGGAAACGGGUGGAAGGAAAAAUGUUUUGUUGUUUUUUUUAACUAAAAAAAGGUAGCAGUA